AUGACCUCCUUGGAAAAGCUCCUGGAGCCAUGGUUCACGAAUGAAGUGAUGAUUGUCCAGCCUGUUGCGUCGCUAACGGUGGGUGAAGUUCCGAUUUUACUAGGCUAUGAUAAACGUUUGACGUUCGCUCUCUUCUCAUCACGCCAGGUUACCUGGUUUGUAUACGGAUUCUACAUCGGUCUCUUCAUCGUGACUCUGCACAACCUGUACAAGCAUCAUCCAGCCAACCAUAAGCUGUACAUCACAUGGACCGUAUUGUUGUUCUUCCUAUGCACUCUGAACAAUAUCAUGGAGACGUGGUAUCGAGUCCGACAGGCGAUCAAAAUCUACACCGGAGAACAUACGAAGGAUUAUGCGCCUCUGAACUCGUACGCGCAGCACGAUACAGUCAAGACAAUCCAGAGGUGGCGUACCAAAGUUCAUUUCCGUGCUCUCGGCUAG